AUGCUACAAUAUUAUUUUGUUGUGCCUGGUAGAAGUCAAAAGAGCAUCGUUGCUGUGGGUACGGUGCGCAUCAAUUUCGGCAGGAUUUUCAAGGCAACACGGAUCACAAAAUACAAGCAUAGAGUCAAAGUGAAAGCAACAAGAAUUGCAUCAUCUCCGGUUGAUCUACUAAGGAACUCACUUCAGAAGCACCACGGCAAUGAUAACGAUGUGGAGAGCAAACAGACUUUACAACAAUGGGCAGCUAAGGGGGAAGCGCCGGAUCACACUCCUCACCAUAUCAUGUUACUAGGCAUAAGUCUCCAUAGAAUCAGGCAGAAGCGGCACGAUCACGUGCCCCCAAAACCCCACACCUAUAUAAAGCUCCCCUCCCUACUCUCAACGAAUUCUUCAUCUCUCCAACUUUCCAACCUGACCUUGCUCAAAGUUGCGGACACAGUGACGCUGGCCCCAGCACUACCGCCGGCUGUCGCGAAUUUCUACUUUUUCAUUGAUCUAGUUGGCUUGUCUGACUGGUUAAGGAAGAAGUCAUUUUGCAUCUUGUAUAGCACUGCAUCACACUUCAUUAAUGCACUAGAUGAGAAGUUGAGAGCCCACGAACAGCAUUCAACGUUUCCAUCCACUCUAAGCUAUCUUGUGCUGUCCGUAUCAAUAUCAGUAGUUAUAUAUGUGGUAAUUUCACAAGCCCUCACCCGAAGUUGUUGCUGUAAACACAUCCGCACCAAGUCGCGCCGCCAAGAGCGUGUUCAAGCAACAAGUUCACCAAUGAUUUCACCCACCACAGAAGUGAAUGUUGAUACCAUCUGUGCAGCUGCCCACAGCCAAUUCCUAACAUCAGAUUCCUUUACUCUAUGUUCUGAAGGACUGAAAGACCUCUCAAGCCAUCAUCCGUUUCGCCUCAUGAGCAUUCUCCCUCCCUUUGACACCCCCACGAAGCAUAUUUUGGUAUUAGGAGCAUAUCUCAAUGUGAUCGCAGCUAUGGAGCCCCCUGAGCUUCAUCACCAACUACUAGUUUUCAUGCGACGUCUUAUACUGUCUAUUUUUGCAUUCACGAGUAGAAUUUUGGCACUCUAUCGCUCUAUCAUAUUCCGAAUGCUAGAUAGAGAUACAGAUUUCACUCGUUUAACAAUCAACUCGGUUCUGGAAGCCAUAGGAGUUCCGCAAAUCUUCACAGAAAUUCCGGAAAGAGAUGGAGACGUCCCACGUACGCGGCAUCCUAAGCACGCAAUCAUUGGGGAGAUCAUAGAUCUGCGAACACCAAGUCCCCAGAGUGACCCGUGGGCCGUGAACUCUCCACGGAGCGGUCGUCACCAUAUUAUUCUGCCAUGGGUGAACAGGGGAUGGACGAAUCAUAAACUACAAACACGAGUCGUGGUCGGUAUUGUCAUCUUUGAUGAGUUCUCCUCAGCCCACAAACCUGAUCUACCAGGCACUGGACGGUACAUAGGAUUACGGCAUAUUCUUCUGGGACAAAUGAAAGGCCUUAUUCUCUUCCUCGAGCCCUCAACGGUCGACUCUAGAGAGAUGAAUCGAAGACUCCUAAUACAACUGGCUAGUGCGCUCAAUCUACGUCAGCCUCCAAAGCUAGCUCUCGACACAAUCCGCGAUAACGAAGACUCGCCCAGACUCUACUACGAGAAAAUGAACAUACACAGAUGGCUUGCGCGUUCCUUGAGAACAAGGCUCGGGUUCACAGGUCUUUUUGGAAAUUUUCCAGACGGCUUCUCGUUGAAUAAUAGACUCAACAUGGUGAUUCAUACUGAAGGAAGGGCGCCUGGGUGUCACCAAGACUUCAAUAAGACUGCAGCUCUAGAAAGCAAAGCGUAUGACUUAACAGGAAGAGUGAUAUAUCUAGAAGUAGAGCAAGCUUAUGCAAGAGACAUGUGGGAUAUCUAUUACUUCAAUUUCGUGACUGAAAGAUGUCCAAUUGCGACCAAGCAUUGUUGCAUAAGCAGCUGGUGUAUACGAAAUGAGAAGGAGAGAGACAUUAAAGAGGUUGGCGGGCAGGUCCCAGCAAAACCUCACACAUCACAUAUCACUACCACAAAGAUUGUCACAUUGCAUCGCACAGCCAUCAAGCAUCCUACUUUAUUCCUUUACCACACCGACUUCAUAUGCCAGACUGACCAUCGCCAAAAUUCUCAGAUUCACAACCUCCACAAGCGAGCGACCAGAACCUCUCACAGCGUUGCAAUGAUGUCCGAAGGCCUGAAGAAUAUGAUGCUUCAUAAUAUGAUGAUGGGAAUUGUUGGGUUGUUUGGUGUAGAUGAAAAUCCGCACAUGGCCUUUGCAUACUUGCUCAGCCUUGUCAACUGCACCCAAGGUCUUUCUAAAUCAUAUCCCCCAAACGCACACUGCAGCUCCCAGCGAACGCUAUCAGUCUUUCACAAUAUCAAGCGAACUCCCUCCUCCCCCUUGGGAGAGCUGCUCAAGGUGAGGGGAAUCUCAUGCGUGCACGUUGAAGGCACAGGACAAGCCGUACAAAGGGAAGGAGAUCCAGAGAAUAUCGUCACGGUUGAAAGGUUAGACAAAUUAAAGUCCUAUAGUCGGGAGGCUCCUCAAUUGCAUGCCGCGCGGUUGCCAGUGACGUAUCGCAACAAGGGACCGCCGCAACAAGUCUUCCUUCACCACAUGCCCUCGAAAAUGGCCCGUGACGACUUCCACGUGUGUUCUGCGCCAUUUAGUUUACUAAAAUCGCCAAAAAGUAGGGUACCUGCUCCCUACUGGACACUCACCACUUCGCACCGUCUCGUCACCGCAGAUUUGCAUGGACACCAGUUACUAACACGUGACCUCACCCCAGAGACGACGAAGCAGGCGAACAGAGCCCAAAAAAUAUUAAUGUGGAAAAUCCAGCUUCAGAUGGUUAAGUCGGAUGCUGGGGGCAAAUGUGAUGCCGGUAUGGGAAAAGCAUGGAAUGAUUCCAAUUGGCUGGAAGAGAAAUGGAAAGUGCCUCAGCUAUAUACUAGCGAGACAAUAAAGAAGAAUGGUAUUGAGUUGAGUAAGAAUGGAAGGAGUUCCCGUGCUGAUAUCAUCAGCACCUGCCACCAAUCCCAAAUGAAGAAACCAGGCCAGAACUACUACGACUGGCGCGAAAUAACAGAGAUAAUCGAAAUAUGCUAG